AUAAGCAUGAAUAAGAGGAAUGAGCGAAUAUGUCAAAAAUAAAUCAAGUCAUAUUGUUUUACCAGCAAGAAAUAAAAAGUCUGUUGAAUGAUGAUCAAAUUUUUAAGAUGGCUGCACGUGAAAACGGCAUCAUAAAUAAUCAAGAAUCGGAAGAAAAUUUCGCUAUUUUCUUUGAAAACUGUAUACUUCGUGUCCCGACUAAAGUUUUCCAAAAUUUGUUAAUAACCUGUUCUCGACAAACGGCUUCUAAGAGAUACGUCGAAUUGGCUAAAAGCAUUGAGUAUCCCUGGUCCCAAUUAGUUCAAGAGGUUAAAAAGUAUGUACGAGAAAAGUUUGUUAAUAUUUCCAUGUUUAAAGACAAGAAAAUCUUAGUUAAUUAUGAAAAUAUAAUGGCACCAGUGCUAAUUUCUACGUAUUUAAACAAUGAUCAAGUUGAUGAUGUGAAAACUUCAGAUGAUUUUUUUAAGCUAUCAAAUAUUAUUUAUGAAAGAGGAGAUAAGAUUCUUAUCAAAGGAGGACCUGGCAUGGGAAAAACAUAUCAUUUUAGGAAAAUUCUCUGUUCAUGGGCUACAGGAGAUAAGAGAGACUGUCUUCUUCUAAAUCUUCAAUUAAAGAAGACAGAUCAAUGUAAUAAUAUUAUAGAUGAACUAUAUAAACAUAAUUUUUCACAAUCUUCAAAAAUUUCUAGGUCACUUUUUGCUUGUAUUUUUAAUAAGGAAUUUUCUGAUUUCCAUCGGAAAAUAUUUAUUUUGAUAGACGGAGCAGAUAAAUUCGCAACCCACGUUAAAUUUUUGAAUAAAAUAUUUACAAGUUUUUCAAGGCUGGUCAUACUUGUAUGGUCAAGAAAUUGGAAGGCCUAUGAAAUUAGUAAUACAUAUAAUCAUGUCUAUGAAAUAUUCGGAUACGAUGAAAUUCAGAAAAAAAUAUUCUUUGAUAAGUUUUUCUAUGAGUUACACAAAAAUAAAGUUUGUCAACAAGUUACUCGUCAACGUAAAUUGAGUAGUGACGAUCCUUAUCAGGAUGUGACAAGCGCUUGGAUUCAUAAUAGAUCGGAAAGUGAUAAAUUAUGGCAAUAUUUAUGGACUAAAAGAAAAGAUUUAUUGAAAUCUUGUUCAAGGCCAUUAGUUGCUUUCACAACAGCUGCUGUUUGGGAAGAAACGAAAGAAUGUAAAGAAGGGUAUAUAUUUGAAAAAGUUAUCGAUAGACUUUUAAAGAAAAAAGCUAUUACUAGAGAUACUAUAUACUAUGAAAAGAUUAUUAAUCAUUGUUCAGAAGAGGCAUACAAUCACCUUUUUCGUAAAUUACCCAUUAAAAUGACUGAUAUUAUUAAAAAAUCGAGUAAUAUUGGAAAUUUACUUAUGGUAAAUCCUUACCAGUCUGCUGAAGAUCAAGAGUUAGCUUUUAUUGAUAUUUCAUUUUUGGAGUACUUUGCAGCCAAACACAUAAUCAACUGUUUAAAGUCGAAUGCAAACUGUGAACAAGGACGUUUAGAAAAUUCGGUUGCAAAGCAGGCAUUCAUUCGAUACCUGUUUGAUCAUAAUUUAAUUGAGUUAAAAUUUAUAUUUAGAUUUAUUAGAGAACUAUAUCCAGAGUUUUUCUCUAUUUUACCUGCAAAAAAAUCAUUUCCUCUCGAACCAAUAGAUGAUGAUGCAUUACAUACGAUUAAACAUUAUCGAAAUGAGAGGGUUUUUAAAUUAUGUAACACUACCUUAGCAUUUCACCAUUUGAAUCCAAUUGUUAAAAGUUUGUCAAGAAAUGUUACAACUAUACAAUUAAUGAAGGUUAGUCUUAAUCUGGAUUAUUUUUUGGAACUUAUAACAACAGAACUUAGCCUUCAGUUAAUAAACUUGGAACUUAAUUCUUUAAUUGAAGAUAAGAGCAUAUCUGUUAAGAUUCUUACUGAAAUAACUCGGACUUUUGUAAAGUUGAAAAGCCUUUUUCUUAUCAACGUUCCCCUCUGUAAAAAUUUGAGUACACCAGUGGAUAUAUCUUCAAACUCCGUGCUUGGCCUUACUUUGCAGAAUUGCUGUUUUUCACCUGACAUGAUAAGAUCUUUUAGCUGUCAGCGUUUAUAUAAAUUGAAUCUAUCUUUUAAUAAAAUCGAAGAUCAGAAGUUCAAAAAUUUUAUUAAUUGCCUAAAAUCUAAUCGUAGUUUGAAGGCUAUUGACUUUUCUUUUUGUCAGUUGUCAGACACCCAUUUUGAUAGUUUAAAAACACUAAUUGAAGAAAAUCGUAGUCUUACAGAAAUAUCCUUACAGGGUAAUGAUUUUAACAUUGAAACAACGAAAUCUAUAGGAAGUUUAGCAGAUGAAAGGCAAUAUAUCAAAGUAUUUGAAAUUAACAACUAUAAAGCUUUGAGCGAAAACGAUAAGAGUUUUAUAGCAUUUAAUCCGAAUCUUGAAGUUUUAACUUUGUCAAAGAGUACAAUACUUUCGCCGGUUAUUGAGAAAAUAAUUCAAUUGAAAAAUCUAGUGGAAUUGGGAUUAUCUUCCAUAAACAUUAAAUGGAUUGGAAAUCAUUUUAUUCACUUGGAAAGUUUUGUUAAUUUAAAGAUCUUUGACUUCAGCUAUAAUGAUAUAACAAAUCAAAAGAGAAUGUUUCAUUUAUUUAAGGAAAUUCUUUCAAGUUCUUUCAAUUUGAAAAAACUUGUUAUGAACAACUGCAAUAUAAAUCCAGAAGGUCUUAAUAUUUUAGGGAAUUGUAUGAAAAAACUUUCCAAUUUGACUUUUAUAAAUAUUUCAAAUAAUAAUCUAGAUUGUGAUAGUUUUGAAGAAUUCUUAAAAUUCAAGAUAUUCACAGAACAGGAAGAAAUUGAAUUGGAUUGUUCAAACUGCCAUUUGGAAAGUCAAAAUCUUGUUUCAUUACUAAAAUUACCGAAAUUUAAGAUUUUAAACUUUUCACAGAAUUAUAUAAGCGAAUGUUAUGUGGAGUUGGAGAAUAUUGCAUUUUUUCAAUAUCUCAGAGAGCUAUAUUUAAGAAAUUGCAAUUUACCGGAAGAAUUCCUACAACAGAUUGGUAGGAACUUGGAAAGUUUUAGUAUGGUUCAAAUAUUAGAUAUAUCGGAAAAUAACUUUAAGGAUAGAUCAUUGAACUAUUUUUUUGAAAGAGUAUCAACGGAGGAAAAUAAUCUUAAAGAGAUCUAUAUUUAUGGCAAUGAGUUUUCAAAAUAUGUAAUUUCAAAUAUGUAUUCGUGUAUUAAAUCUCUACCAAAGCUUAGUAUUCUUAAUUCUACUGAAUCUGUCAAUGAUUCGUUAUUUAACCAAAGCUUAAAUGAGUUAGUUAACAGCAAAAAGUUUAAUUUAAAAAUGAUCAACAGUUUACUCUCUAACUACGAUGAUAUUGUUGAAUUAAAGAUAUUACAAUUAUCGCUUAUAAGCGGUCAGAGAGAGAGUUAUCUUCAUUUGAUUUCUGAAUUAGAAAUCAAAAUAAAGUUCAUUAUUUUCGAUGAUAUCCUUUCGCCAAGUGAGAGUUUAGAAAUUAAAAAGAUUAUUGAUCAAAAGGAAAAGACUGUUGAGAAAAUUUCAAUUAAUGAACAUUUUAUGAAAAAUACAGAUUUUUCUCUAUUGUCAGCUAAUUUUAAUUUAACAUCAUUAAAAAUUGCGUUCAGAUCGGAGGAAAUAAUUAAUUCAGAAAUUUGGAACUUGCUAUCGGGACAGGAGAUGCUGAAAACUUUAUAUUUGUCUAGAGUUAAACUGGAAGAUAGAUAUUGUCAAAAUUAUGAGAAUAUUUUCAUUAACCGCGUUUCAAAACUUGAAGAACUAAAGAUUUUCUCGUCAACAUUCUGUGGAGCAACUAUCAGGAAUUUUAUUUCCCGACAAGAACAUUUAAAAGUAUUGGAGAUUAACGAGUCUAAAUUUGAUAAUCUUUUCGAUAGAGAAUGCAAAUGUCGCUCUCUCAAAAAGCUUACUUUAUUCAAAUACGAGUUUUCAAGAGAAGAAAUGGAAGAUUUUAAAAUAUUCCUUAACAAACAAAGCCAUUUGGAAAAAUUAAAUCUAAAAUUAAACAAUUUAAAAGAUAAUAUUGGUUUGAAAAUAUUUAGUGACAGCUAUAGAAAUGAUAAUAAUACAAUUACCGAGUUAAGCUUGCACAAAUGUAAAUUAUCAGUAAAUAUGGCUGAUAAACUUGGGCUGUUUAUUGGUCGUCAAACGAAUUUGGAAGUUCUUGAUUUAUCUGGCAUAAACAUGCAAAAUAAAAUUGGUUGUAACUUAUUUAGGGCGAUCUCGGAAAAAUGUUGUAACAUCUUAGAUUUGAAGUUGGGUAAGUGCACUUUCUCAAGGGAUAUGGCGGAAUACCUAAUAGAAUUUAUUGAUAAUCAAAAACGCUUGAAUGUCUUAGAUUUAAAUUCAACAGAUUUAUCUGUGCUUAAUACGAAUAAAGAGUUUCAUUUCUGUUAUGAAACAAUCAUUUGCCUUAAUUUGCAUCAUUGUACUCUAUCAGAAGAAACAGCUUACUUAUUUGGAAGACUUAUUAGGCAUGAGCAUUUGGAUAUACUUAAUGUAAGUAAUUUACGAUUGGAAGAGUGUGGAAGUAAUUUGUUUGAAACUAGUGGGAUAUGUUCAACUAUUUCAGAGAUAAAUUUAUCUGAAACUACAUUUUCCUCCUCUACGGCAAAGACGCUUGGAAUAUUUCUUGGUUAUGCGGUCAAUCUUAAAACACUGAAUUUGUCUAAAACAAAUCUUACAAGAGAUAUUGGAAAGCAGCUAUUCUCAAAUAUCUCCUGUGACUGUUGUAAGAUCAUAAAUCUUAACUUAAGUCUAUGCAAAUUCUCCGCUUCCAUGGCCCAGUAUCUUGGAAUAUUCAUUAAAUAUCAAGAUUCUUUGAACACUCUUGAUUUAUCCCGCACAGAUCUCACAAACGAAAUUGGAACCAAUAUAUUCUCACGAAAAGUUGACACUAAAUACACUAAAUACAUCUCCAGUUUGAUCUUAGUAGGUUGUUUACUGUGUUCUAAAAUGUCUACCUCUCUUGGGAUAUUUAUUGAAUGUCAAAACAAUUUGAGCCAUCUUAAUUUAUCACAUACAAUACUGGAAGGUUCAAUAGGAAAAAAUCUAUUUGAACACGCAUCUCAUACUUUUCCCACAAUAUUGACGGUUAACUUGAAACGUUGCAAGUUUUCAUCAGAUAUGGUUGAAUCUCUUGCUAAGUUCAUAGGAAAACAAAUUAAUCUUACAGAGCUGAAUCUAUCAUCAACUGAUCUUUCACAAAUUGAAAAAGAGCUAUUUACAGAAAUAUCUAAAUCUUGUUACUAUGUUAGAAAUCUAAAUAUUCAAAACUCCACACUCUCCAAUGAUCAGACAACUGGCAUUUUACAAUUUAUAGAGUGUCAAAAAUAUUUAACUAAUGAGGAAAAACUGUUGAUAACCCAAGAAAUUGUUGAAAGAAAGUUUAGAGCCUCUAAACCCUUGAUAUAAACAGAUAUGAAUAUAUUGUUAACUAUUAAAAGAAGACUAUGAUAAUUUUGUUAAAUAAUAUUUUUUAUCUUGUCGUAUCGACUUUUCCCCUUCAACUUUCUGUUUUGAUAUGUGUUCCAUUGACAAACAGUUAGGUAGGUAUAUCCAUCAUAGUGUCUGACCUGUUCAAUAUAGAAAAUUUAUAUAAGCUAAAGAGCUUUAUCAGUUUAAUUUCAUCUAUUAACCCAUAUGUUUCUUCCUGCGAGAACGGUAGACUUCUAUUCAACAACUCGUUCCAUUUUAUUCUCAAUUUUUUAGAAGCACGAGCAUUUCCAAUGUCUACUAAAGCUUGGAGAAUAGUAUUAACUCUGCUUUGAAUUUUGUCCUUUUCACUAGUAGAUGGCAAAUAUUCUUGAUUAUUUGACCAUUUUUGCAAACAUUUCAAAUUAACUUGAAAAAAAUCUGGGGUUUCUUCAUGCCUUCUCUGACCUAAGCUAUCCAUCGCUUUGAGUCCUAAUAGACGAUAAUAAAAUCUAUCAUCUUGAAUUUUUUCAGAAAGCUUCCUAAUGAGUUGUGUUUCAGAUUGUGCUUCACCUAAGUAUUAAUAUUUGAAAUAACCUUCACAAAAUUCUUUACUAUACUGUAUAUACAAUAUAUUUACUUAUUUACCUAACAAAUGUAGAUAGCCUUUAUUACCAGACUCCGUUAAUGCUUGCUUAACACACGUUCUAAAAUUAUUAUCUUCAAUUUCCCACAGAUCAUUCAUUAACCUUUGAAGGUCGUUUUCAUAUGGCGUUCGAACCUGUACACAUUGAACUUCAGCUAUUUCCCAACCUAACUGUAACAUCAAACUUUGACCUUUAUUUGAAACAAUUUCAGCUACAUGAACGAGAAAUAAAUCGUAAGCCUUAGACGCUUCCAUUCUCGAGAAUGACUAUGUGAUUACCAGUUCAUAUAUGGUUAUUAAAGGUUAAUAACCAUCUAAAAUAUACUUUUAAGAAUUAUUGAAGGUUAUAGUUCUUAUAGUUUUAUAGUUAAA